UGUAAAGAAGCCGGCGGCGAGUGAAGAGAGGGAAACCGCCUUACCAUCCAGUCACUCCAAGGCAAGCUCUAAAGAAUGUCGAGUGCUGUGAAUCGCGACAACAUCGAAUUAUCUUUGUGAGUUUACUUCGACUUGAAUUCGUCUCACGCUACUACCCUGAGAUCGUACGCCAACAACGUUGGAUUAACCGAUUAAUAUAUUUAGACGGAUGACGUAAACCAAAACAUAAAAAACAAUGAAGCUGAGGCAUCUUAUAUUCUUAGUUUUUACUUAUGUUUUUGUCUAUUCAGGACAAAUUUAUAGCGUUAAUUCAGUGGAUCCUGCAGCUGUAAAAAAUGAUUUUACGACACAGACAGUUUACGGAUUCUUGGAUUUUACAACGACGAUCGGAAAUACAGUUAUGGUUUUCAGCCCUCAAAGUUCUCCACCAGAGGGAGACAAAACAAAAAGUCCUGGACCAGCGAUACAAACAAAACCUGUCGAGAAAAAGCCCAUUCCAGAUAUUCAACCAAGUAAAACCCAUAAGCCAAACAAUCAAGGAGAAACAAAAAAACAAGUACAGAAAAAUUCGAAAGUUGUGAUCAAUUCUGUGGUCCAGCAAAAUAUUAUCAAUUUAUCCGAAGAUAAACAGAAACAAGUAAUCAAAAGCGAAGUGAGCUCGCAUACUCCUAUAAAAGCCACUACGGUGAAUCCUGUCACUUCUUCCGUCGUUCAAGUCCAAUCAAAGGAAGAAAUUCUAGGAGUAAAAAAUAAUCUUGCUGAACCUGAAUACGACUAUUUAUCGAAACAGCCAACUGAAGUCAUCGACGAAACGUACAAGUUGAUCAAUCUGAAACCUUCGAGUAAAAUCGCUUCGAAACCAAGAUCUGCUGCACGAAGAGAAAAAGAGAAUCCAACUGGGUUAGUAACAAAACUCGGUGGUACUAUUGUUAAAGACGGAUUAACGACGGUUCAUGAAACAAGUGUAAUUGGCACGUACAUCAAUGGAAAGUACGCGCAAGUUUUACAAAGUUCCUCGCGUAUUAUCGUCGGGACAUCCUCGAAUUUGGAGGGCAAAAUAAGACCAUCGAAUACUCUCAGAAUAUUAAAGACGAUUGGCCCACAACACGGAAAGUUAAAGCCACAGUUGGAGCCUACGCCGACAAGUCAACAAGAAGAAUCAUCUUUACCAUUGGAAAUUCUAUUCAGUGCACCGGCAGGUUCUUCCGUACGAACAACUCGAAGACAUUCGACCGCCAACGCUAACCGUCCGAAAUAUCGUAGUAAAACUUCUGAAGAUUAUGAUAAUGCCGAGGUUCAAGCGAGAACAUCAACAAAACAACGUGCUACCACGGCGCGACCAAAUUACAAAAAUCGUGUUCAGAACGAAGGGAAAUCAUCAACCACGACACAGGAACCACAAACGACUCGUCGUCGUACCAGCUUCAGACCAAGCAAUCAGGCAAAUUCCUCCCCGAGGCAAACCAAUAAACAGAAGAACCAACAGCCACAGCAACAACAACAGCAACAGACAACGUCAACGAGUCCUUUGCCUAAAUUGAAACUUCCAAGAACUCAGGGUCGAUGGUCAUAUAAAACUACUCCUAAACCAAGAAUCACAAUUCGUAAGCAAGUCGAUGAGGAUGAUUCACGUGUAUCAACCGAAACAGUUAUAACUGAACAGGCAUCAACACCAGGUGAUGAUAAAGCUAGCAGUACUACUUCCGUUGGAGUCAUUACGACGACAACUACAGCUACAACCUCUAAUGGUCAACGGAAGGCCCCAGAAACGUCAUUGUCGAACGAAGAACUCGAUCCAAGCGAGUCGGAAGAUGUACCUCACGUUAGCGUACAAGAUCAGAUACACGCGGAUCAAACUUUACCGAUAGAAACUCUUAAUGUUGAGAUUUCAACGGCCGCCAAUCUCAAUGACGUUUAUUUUGAAAUAGCCACGAUUAAAUCUCCUUAUACGUUCCAGGUGGGAACUUUACGAAACACACGUUACAUAACGGUUACGUCUACAAUGAAAAAGUCGUUUGCAGUACCUGAACCUACGAGUACUUUGCCAAUGACGGAACCUCUGACUGAGAACAUCUUGGCAAAUACAGGAGCGGCUUACGAAACAAGUCUGCCACUUGAUUCUUCCGUAGCUACGCUUCCAGCGAUAUCUUUAGAUGCUGGUCAAGUAACACCACCGUUAGAAACACUUACGGAAACAUUUUCGACUACUCAAACUCUCUUGAAAACUCAUUUGUUACCGGUGAUACAUGAUGGCAAUACCACAAAAUUGACUCUCGUUCAGACCUACAACAUAGCUCGAUCGGUUACCGCUACGAAAACUCUACCACCGAUGGAAAUUUAUCAAUUUAUUCCUAGUAAAACAUUGAACGAAUUCAAUUCAAAACUGGAAGAGGCUGGAAGCGAGCUUCAUUUGGAAUUAGAUUUCGGUGACGAGGACAGAGACGACGAAGAUAUCCCUAAAAGAAUUGUAGCACCUAGCAGUGAUGUAUAUUCCGAAUUAGAUCUUUUCAGAUCGGUGACACCUACAAAGGUAAAAUCAGACACGCCUAGUACUAGUUCAGCCGAACCACAACUUUCUCUCGAACAAGCACAGCAACUUGCUUUGCUUAAAUAUUUUGGGCAACCUCAACAACAAGUAAUCACGACUUCGAGGCCCGUCGUAGUGCUUGAAACCGUUUACGAAUCUCAUGUAAUACCAAUAGUUAAUAAUGGAAAUACGCAUUACUCGACCUUAUCUAGACCGGUAGCUACAGUACCAAGGACAUCCUACGAAUACUCGACAUCUACAAUUCCACCUGUUCUUCCACCUCCAAUACCUCAGGUACCACUUUUUCCGCAACAACAACCCCAAUUUACAGUCACAAGCGCACCGCUCGUCACACAAACUUUAGUGACCGUAUCAGACUCAAGAGUGCUCAAACUAACAUUCGGAGCAAAGACGGCAUACACCACAUUGUUCUCUACUAAAGUAGUACCGACAGAACUUACGACGUACGUGACGAGCACCAUACCUUUACAACCAACCAUUCCAGCUUUUCCUGGUUAUUAUCCUCCACCAGUUGGUUACCCUCCUUUCCCUUACGUAGGAUAAUAAUCCUUGCUUUGUUCUAUGGAAUUCUUGCAAGGAGGAAGCUUAAAUUACACUUUGGUUACGUAGAUGCAUGUUAGAUGAGAACUUUUCUAGUACUUACCUACAUAAUGAUAUUUUUCAAAUAGCAUACAUCUACUACCUCAGACAAAGGUGCUAAAAAAUAUCAGCUUCCUAUCAAUUGAACGAGUUACGAACAAGUUACAAACAAACAAUUUCUCUUUGCUCAUCAUUUCAUAUUUAAUGUGAAAACAUCUUUUCAUUUAUUCGUUAGAAUUGUUUGAGAAAAAACAAUGCAUGUUCAUAUCAUAAAUUUAACAAUUUAAUUAUCCUUCAAACAUAACCGUGACAUAUCGAAUAUUUUUAAAAUCUUUAUUUAUAUGUUCGAUGAAAUUGAAUUACAAUUAAAAAAAAGAUUAUUAAGAAGAUAAAACUCUGGGAAGGAAGAAAGAGAGCGAUCAUGAAGAAAGAAUUAGCCAGAUCAUGGAUAAAUAUUGUAGAUCAGUACAAAAACGAAGAAAUGAUUUAACAAACAUUCUUCUUAUCGAUAUCAGGUAUUAAGGGAAACUUUAAUAUAAGUAUAAUUAAAAAAUACGCAUAUACCAUUUUAUGUUCUGUUGGCAGAAAAACAAAUUUUUGUAAAUAAGUUAUUAAAUAUAUUAUAUUAUCUCUCGUGUAUUAUUGUAUGUAUUACGAAUUUUGUAAAUAAAGUUUUAAAAGCUCUUACAAUCUUCCUCUU